AUGCCCACUACUAACAACUCCGACUGCGACGACCAUGGUGCUGACAACUAUGAUCCGCAUGUCGAUCAGGAUGCCCACGACGACGCUAAUACGCAACAGGAAACCGGCGUUCACAUUCAGACCGACGACUACCACCCACCAACCUAUGGCCCAUGGCCACUGCAAAAUCGUGGUAGACCAAAUUCUUCGGAUACUAUUGGAGGUGCCUACCAGGGUAGAUUGUUGGGUCAACAACUUAUCGACCCUACUGUUAUCAAUGAGGACAACUACUAUCGUCAACGCCGUCCCCCUCCACAACGCCGUUCUGAUGGGAUUAAUGCUGAAGAAGUGAAGGCAUUCCCACCUAACUAUCGUGGCCAACCGCCUAUUACUAGCGACCCACGUCUAGUACCUCUACAAUCCUAUCACCUCCCAUCUGGAGACUACAAUAGUCAGUUUGCACCCCCUUGUGCAACUAACUACCCAUCGCCUUAUGGAAAUAUUUCGUAUGGUCAAUUCGACUACCGUGGCCAACCCCACAACCCCAACUAUGUACCCCAACCUCAACAUCCUACUCCGGUUGGACACCCUUAUCCCCAGUAUGCUAAUGCAUCAUACUACUCUGCUAAUCCUUAUAACAAUGUACCACCACCACUACUCCAAGCCCCCGGUAUGUUCUAUGUCCCUAGAAAGAGGGCCAACUGUCACUACGGUUGGUGCGAAGGGUGUAAUGAUUAUAGCUGCUCUAACCAGAUCACUAUCAAAGACUAUGACUCAGCUGAGCGGGUUGUCUCCGGCCUCAAGCCGAAUACUAUAUUUAGGGGAGCUGAAGACUACCGCUCUGGCACAGCUUUCAUCGAAGAGAUGAAUAUUCAAACUGAAGGUCAUCCCGAUGUAGUGCGCUACUUAUGGCUGAAGCGCUAUACUACUAGAUAUGUUUGGAAACUGAUUACUGACUCAAUUCAGCCUCCUACUAGAUGUCACCGUGCCUAUCCGCUCCAGCUGGCCCAACUAUUACAAAGACUACAUUUCCACUAUGACUCACUCGAUCAUGCUCAACGGGUUGGUGAUGAGUUGGCACGCUGUACUCAAGGAGAUCGGUCGGUAUAUCAGUUCAUCCGUAAACUGGAAACUAUGGCUUCAGAACUACACGAUCUCGGUGCCCCAGUUCCCUACCGUGACUUGAAGGUCAAACUACACAAAGGUCUAAGGUCCAUGAUGCUCCGUCAACGACUGGACGUUGACCUUAUGAAUGACUACAUGUCCUUCGAGCAUUUCCGAGACCGUGCUCUACUACAUCAUAAACAGCUUAUUAACUAUUAUGGUGUCAACUAUGAUCUUGGGAAAAACAAUACUACUACUGGUACUGGUCAAUCUAAUCCUAAGACCCUCCCCUACACUGAACCCCGUAAGUUGCGAAAAGAUUCUGUUGAUUCACGACGAGGCCGCCCCAAAACUACGAGAGAAUAUACUCCAAGGAGCUCUACUAGCCGAGAUCGCUCGUAUCAAGGAAGGAAAACUUCGGUUAACUACGUCGACUGUGAUGAUGAUGCUGAAAGUGACUACUCUAUUAAACACUUGUUAGCAAUUCAACGAGAUGUCACUGGCUUCACGUGCUUCCGCUGUACUAAAGAGGGCCACUCCGCUAAGAACUGCCCGGAAUCACUACCGGCCAAUAUGACUACUCGUUGUAAAAUAUGUGGUAACCCUGCUCACACUACGGAUGCUUGUCGCAUCAAUACUGAUCACCUACUCUGUCAUCGGUGCAACAAUCCUGGACACCUAGCCUACGUGUGUGGGGCUAAACUACCUGCUCCUACCCCAUCAACUACUACAAGACCUAUGGCUGGUAAAGAAAAAGGGCUGAGACCAACAGGAAAAGCUAAUACUAAUGUCCAUGCUACCUUUCUCAACGACGGAUCCAAUCAGGAUGGACACUACUGCUAUACACUACACCGCUCACAAACUAGGCCCCCCACUCCUGAUCCUCGAGUACGACGUCGAGAAGGUAUGAUGACUGGAUUCAUCACAAUCGAGGACACUGAGGUUACUGCUAUCUAUGACACCGGCGCCGAUGUAUCGAUCAUUACUAGCGAUUGCCUUAACUACGUUGCCCCCGAUGCGGAUCUCGACACUAAUGUCCCUAACGUUCUCAGUGCGGCAAAUGGUGGUAGCUUAGAUACUAUCGGUACGGUGGAACUACGUGUAUCUACAACCAGAGUGUCUAGCAUUCACACCUUCCUCGUCACUACGGUACCAUUGAACCAUCCAGUUAUUCUCGGAUGUCCAACUAUGUCCCGGUUAAGGACUCGUAUUACUAUAUCACCUACUGGUUAUCACAUUGAAACCAACUACACCACUAGGCCUGUUGGUAACAACGUUAAGUUCAACGACUCUAUAGAACAUAUCUCUCAACCUGUCGAAGAUGAGGACCCUCUGGAGGACAACUCAAACGAGCAACUGAGAGAUGACUAUUCUAAUAAAUACGACUAUAUAGAGAACUACAAGGUUAACUACAUCAACCAACUGUGUUACCAAGAAGGUCUCGUCCCCUACGAGAAUGUCGACACUGCAACUAUGGAUCCUGGUAUCCCUAUCACAACCAAUACAAUCAAUGUUCAACCAUUGAUUCGUGGCCAAGGCCCAUCCAACAAUGAGAGGAACGAGACUAAGGCUGCUACUGACUUUGGUAAACACUCACCACCCCCCAAACUGGACGUGCUCGACUACAUCCAAGGAACUGGUGACCAGGUUGAUUACAAUAGAGAAGAUGAGGACCCUGUGGAGGAUGACUCUGGCGACUUACUAGAUGACGAACUUCGGAUUCUCGAUAACCUCCCACCUUGGGAAGUACUACAGAGAGAUUGGUCACUUGAUGAAACGGCUCCACUGGGACGUGUUAUAGUUCGAGCCUUGUGGAAGACCGAAGCUAGACCUCCGAUGAACUACCGUCAAGCUGCCCAACGUGGUGCACGGUCUACUAGUCGCUUGACUACUACACAACGUGAGGCAUUUGAAACCACGUUAAACACUUACGUUGACCGUGGAUUCUGUGCCGUGGUACAACAUAACAACCUCACUAACUACGAGAAGAGUCCGGUGUUCGACGAUUGUCAGACGGCCUGGGACAAACUCACUAAGGGUACGUCUUAUGAGGGCACUACAGUUAUGAAGCCCAAGCACUUCACACCGGCCCAUACUGUGUUUAGAGAUCAACACCCUACUACACCCUGCCGGAUAGUGUUAGACUACCGAGUGUUGAACACAUUCCUACUACGAGGUGGCCGGUCCCAACAUGACCUACAAGGCACUCUACUACAAGUCCGUGGUUUCAAGUAUUUCGUGGCCUCGGACAUUUCCAAAGCCUUCUGUGAAAUGAAGUCCUCACUAUACGACUUGGCUUAUACUAACUACACGUGUAUUGGUAACUACACUAUAUUAUGGGGUAGUGUGGCUUUCGGCACUAACAGCGCUCCUAAUUUUUUGGAGUGCAGUAUGCACGAUAUCACACUAGAAGCUGAGUCACUCGGACAAGUGGGUUCUACGCUAACUACUGGUCCCCUGGUUGAUCCCUCACUAUACAACAAUGAGACCCUUGAGGAAAUCCUUUUACGUCCGAGCCAAGAUGCUUAUGACUACAUUAGGACUGGCCCUGCUAUACCACUCAAGCUGGUACUAUUAAAGUACGUAGACGAUUUGUUCAACGGUGGUGACUCUAUCGAACUAGCUGAGACAUCCAAUGACUUCUCACUCCAUCUACUAGGUGGUCAUGGAUUUAAAUGUGACGCUGUUAAAAAUGUCGUAUCUUGGACUAACUCCACUCAGGAGAACGAUACCAGGAAGUCACUACUUGGAUACCACUAUAACGAUGAGAAGCUCUAUGUUGUUUACUCUGGAGAGUUCCCUGACGGUCCUACUACCAAACGUGAAGCGUGCUCUGCUCUGUCGUCUCUCUACGACCCGCUUGGACUACUUAUCGAAUAUGACCUGAAAGGACGACUUAUCUGGAGACGUAUUUGUGAAAGGUGUAAGCUAUGGACCGAUACUAUCGAUACUAACGUGGCCAACGACAUCAAGGAUUGGAUUACCGAGUGUACGGUGGCCACAACUAUCGGCAUCCCCCGAUAUAUAGGUGUCAACCAUCAACCACUACUAGUAUCAACCGAUGCGUCUUGUGAUCUAUGGGGUGUAGAUAUCCGCUGUGCUGAUACUACAACUGUGUCACCAAGACUACUCAGCCGUGGUGGUGUAUUUCCUAAGGGCCAAGUUAAGUGGACUAUUCCCCGGAAGGAGCUGGUUGCACUCUAUAAGGGACUACAACUACUCAAGGCUAUGUCCCCGUACUUAAUGUCCCGUUGGGGAAAGAUUCGGGUUGCUUACCUGGAUCGUGGAUCACUGAUCCACGAUCGAGGAUCGAGCUGA